UCAAAUCGCGUAUGUGAAAUAUGUGACAUUUUUCGUGAACUCCUGACAGAAAAUUCGAAUGAAUUAUUAUUAUUAUUCGUCAAGUCCAACAAUCACAAAUCCAUCAACAAUAACUUCAUCAAUUACUGGUUCAUCAUUCUUGAAAAAAAGGGAUAAUUCGUUGUCGAUGCUUUCGAUAUCGAAUGAAUUCGUGAUGGUGAUUAACCUCCAGUGAUUGUCCCCCAUUUUCAGCAGAUAAUCAUACUUUCACCGGAUUUUAACGACCCAGAAACAUCCUCAGUGACUCCACUUUAAUUGGAAAGUUCUCCAGAGGAGCAUGGGGAGCAGUGGACAGCUGUACAGCCUCUCGUGGGGAGAGUUCGGCAGUUCCCUGACGACUGCCGUUCAAUUACUCAGGGGACACGGUGAUCUUGUUGACGUGACACUCGCUGCUGGUGGCAGGAGCUUUCCAGCUCACAAAAUCGUUCUGUCAGCAGCCAGUCCCUUUCUCCUAGAUCUCCUCAAAAGCACACCAUGUCAACAUCCGGUUGUUAUGCUCGCGGGGAUCAGCUCGGAUGACUUGGAGUCACUCCUGGAGUUUGUUUAUCGGGGGGAAGUCAGUGUCGAGCCCUCGCAAUUGCCCUCUUUGCUACAAGCUGCUCACUGUCUCAACAUUCAUGGACUUACGCCACCUACUGUUUUGACCGAGAAUGGAGAAGCGGUGCCACCCUCAGCAAUUCCGGAAGCUUCAGAACCCAUAACCCGGGAGACAAUGAACUCCUCAAUCCCAAAUCAGCGUCGUCGAAAGCGAAGGAAAUCCUCGUCAUCCUGCAGCAAAUGGCCGCGCCUGGACAACACAACAGACUCCGAGGAACGACAGGAGGACGACAGAACAACGGACUACGACCAGAAGACCGAGGAGCCAACCCCGGGAGACGAAGAUAACCAGUAUAAGGUGAAAAACGUCUCGGAUCAGCCCACGACGUGCCCCUUGUGUGGAGCGAUAUUGAGACAGUCCCGGAACCUGAGGAGACACUUGGAGCUGCUCCACUUUGCACCGGGCAACAGUGGAAACGCGGGGAUAAGAGUGCGAAGGCGCAAAACAGACUUCCAGUCCCCCACUAUGGUCCCAAGACCUACUCUACAUAGCUUGAGGAUGGAACACGCACAGGCGAGGUCCAUUGAUACUCUAGAUUUUUCUGCUGCGUCGAUAACGUCCAGCCUUGCAGGAAAUUUGAUAUCAUCCGGUGGAAAUCUCCUAAAUUCACCGGACCAGUGUCUCCAAUCGUCUGAACCAGCCUCCAGCACCUGCAGCACAACGAUCGCCAGCUCUCUGAACAACGGAAUUUACCCCACAGACAGCAGUGCAAGCAUGCUGAGUUGUCUCCUUCCGAACUUACCUUCCUUAUCGUCUUUGUCCUCCUCCCACGAUGUCUUCAGGCACAGUGAGAUCCUCCGGGCGGGAAUAGCUUACCACGACUCCACGAGACAACACGCGAGGCAAUUCCAGCGCACAGAUGUCACGUAGACCCAGAGAACUCGGGAAUAAAUCGAAAUUCAUUGAAAAAUUUCAUUUAAAAAGCCUCAUUUCACGUGACUAUUACGUUUAAAUAUAAUGAAAAUUCUCAUUGCAAUAAUUAUCAAAUUAUGGAGUUUUUGUAGUAAAAUAGGUUUUCAUGUGCAAUUUAAAAUAAAAAUAAUAAAAAUCAAAAAGAGUUAUGGAAAACAUUAAUGAAGAAAAAAAUAUUCAUGGAAUUAAUUCAAGGGAAAUUGAUGCCUAUUUGAAAAACUUCUUUAGUACUUGGACUUAAUUUUAUUAUAAUUUGAAAACAGGAAAUGAUAUCAAGUGGCAUAAUAUCUUUCCAAUUCCAGUGGGCUACUUCAAUCGCUCACAAUUGUCAAUUUCAUUUAGAUAUUUUGUAUACACUGUUCUUGUUCUGUUUAAUUAUCAUUUAUAUUCUGCACUGUAGCAAAUCUUUCAGCUUGCAUCACCUCAUUUAUUACACAGAUUAAUGAAAGACAAACGCAGUAAGAUAAUAAAACAAACGAACAAAUGAUACAAAAAAAAAUUGUUCUCAUUUCUUUAGUUAUCGUAAACUUUAUACACUAAUACGUAGACAUUAUUCAAUUAAUACGUCAAUUCUUCAGAUUCUUUU